AACUAAAUGAAUCUCGAAGAAAAAUAAAAAUAGAUACAUAAUCGCUAAUAACAUCAAAAUUCUGAAUUUUCAGAAUUAAAUAUAAAUUAGCAAAGUAGUUUAUCAACAUAACAGCUCACAUUCGAUCAAGCACUUGAAAAAGUUGGAUCUGGAAAUCGAUACCAAAUUAUUGUUUUUUUAUAUUUUUGUUUACAAUGGUUCUUCUGUUCUUGCCUUCUCCUUUAGGUGAAUUUUGUUUUAAUGGAAGCAGAAUACGAUUGUAAAAAUCAAAUACCUGCAAAUGAAUGCAAUUCAAAUUGGGUGUGUAAAUAAGAUAAUUUUAUGGACUAUGUUAUUGUAAAUAAAAAUACUUUGGUUUUUUAUUUUGACCCUCCUUUGAUAUGUGAUUAAAGCUAUUUGUAUGAUAUUCUAUGCUCCUUAAGCUAAAUAGGGUGCUUAGUAGGAUUUUUAGUUUUUUCUUGGUUUGCUGAUAAUAAAGGUAGGAAAACUGCCCUAUUUUUUAGCUGGAUGAUUGGAACAGUAGGUGUAUUUUUAUCAGGAUUUUCUAAUAGCAUUAUUCCGUUUGCUAUAGGUUUCUUCUUACAGGGUUUUGGCACUAAUCCAGCAAUUAUUAUACAUUUUUCAUUUUUAAAUGAGCAUUCUCUAGGAAAGUUUAGAGAAUUAAGUUCUAUUGGAGUCUAGGUUUUUUGGGGUAUAGGAGAGAGCUUUCUUGUUUUAGCUGCUUACUUAGUUCCUUAUUGGAGAUAUUUAAUUCUAUUUGUUUUCGGAAUACCAGUGGCUCUCUUAAAUUUUGGUAUAUUUUUUGUAUAAGAAUCUCCAAAAUAUCUACAUGAAAAAAACCAAUAAGAAGCUAUUAGAGUUCUUAAUAAAAUAGCUCGUAUUAAUAAAAGAGAAGAAUUAAGCUAUCAGAGCUUAGAAUAUCCUCCAGAUAAUAGUCAAAACGACUAAUACUCACUAAUUGAUUUAAUUAGAUAUAAGUCUUAAAGAUGGCAAACCAUCUUUGCCUCUAUAGAGUUCUUUGUAAUAUAAGUUGUUUAUUAUGGAAUUACAUUUGCUAUGUCUGAAAUAGGACUAAAUAUUUAUUUAAACUCAAUAAUUAUAGCAGUUUUUGAAUUAGUUGGGUUUUUUUUAUCUAACUAUAUUAUAUUAAAGUUCUAAAGAAAAAGAGUUACUCUCAUAGGUUUGAUAGCAGUAGCGAUCAUGUCCUUUUGCUACAUAUUUCUUAAAAUUCCAGAAGAUUGUGCUGGAUCAGGUUUCUGUUACCAAAAAGUUUUACAAAUCAUAUUUGCAGGAAUAAUGAGAUUCUCUAUCUGCAUAGUUUAAUGUAUGAACUUUGUUUGGUUUUCAGAACUUUACCCAACAACAAUAAGAAGCUUGGCUUUAGGUUUUAUUUCAGUAGCUGGAACAGUUGGAAGUUCUUCAGCACCAUUUGUAAAGAGUGCAUUCGUAAAAUUAGGACUAUCCCCUAUGAUACCAUUAGGAAUUAGUGGAGUUAUUGGUACAUUAUGUACUCUACCAUUAUCAGAAACAAAAGGAAAACAAUUAAUAGAUUAAAUUCCUGAAUUAGAAUAAAAAAAUCACGAAUAAGUUUAAUUCAACGAAUCAAAUAAUUUAUAAAAAAACAUUCUAUUAGAAUGAAAAAAUAUAAUGUAAUUAUGAAAAAUAUAACAUAUUUUAUAAACAUUUUUGUUUGUAAUUAAGAUAGAUUUUAUUUUAUAGAUCAAUACUAUAUCAAUUAAUAAUCAAUAAAA